AUGGCCGGGUAUGUAACUUGACCGUGGUUCCGGGUGACGCCGUAUAAAGGGGCCCCGCCCGAUAAAUAUAAUAUACCCGAUAUUUUUUAACAUUGAUUAAAUUUAUUUUUUUCUUUACUAUAUCUCAUCGUGUCAACUUGUUAAAAAAAAAAACAAUAUUAGGUUUUGAACUUUUGUUUGUUUUUAAUUUUAAUAAAAAAAUUAAUUGACGUACCCACACAUUUUAUAUAUUUGAAAAAUGCAUGUACAUUGACACAUUGUACAUAUUAUAAUAUUAUUUACUAAUAAUUGAUGUAUUUUCGGGAAAGCGUCGUUAAUUUUACACAGCACACGGGUUGGCUAUGAGGUGAUUCCGUGUGAUGGAAAAACGAUAGUCGGUAUGAAGGCGAAGAAGAACCGGAAAAACUUGUUACCGAAAAGUCGAUAAUAAAGAGACGAAAUCAAAAAUAUCCUCGGUUUCACUAUUUGUUGCCUCUACCUUUGUCCCUUAUUAUUACUAUUGUUCAUUGAAAUUAUAUCUGAUCGGCCGUUUUCACGCACACCGGUAAAAUCGAUAAUAAUCAAAAAUCGAAUGACACAAUAACUGUAAGUAUUUGCGGAUUAUAGACUGUGCUUAAACUUUCAAACAGAUCGAACAUUGUUAAAUAUUUCCGAAACUAAAAAGUCACUACAAAUACAUUAAUAAUAUUUGAUUUCUAUUAAACUUAGUGCAAUAUUAUUGUUGUCAAGUAAAUAAACGAAUAAUAAUUAUUUUAUUGCACACGGUCUUUUCGAAGACGUUUCACAAAGUAAUAUGCAUAUAAUAUAACGAUUUAGUAAUCGAAUAAAAUAUCAUAAAAUGUUAGUAUUGUGUUAAAAGUCGAUAACCGCUAAAAACGCGCGCUCCGACAAGGACCGCAUCGUAAUAUAGACAUAUUAUGGACAAGCACUUGGUGCUAAUAAUAUUAACAACCGAAUGGCAACGAAAAUAAUAGUAAUAAGAGGCAAAAGGUAAGCGACCAAUUAUCAUUGCCAAUAGUAGAACCGAGUGUUCCGUCGUCGCUGAUUACCAUUGAACUUCCGGUAUUAUCAUUUAUAACAUUUGGCGCCCGUUUUCGUUGUUUACCUUUAGCAAUAUUUUCAGAAGUAUCCAUUAGGCUUCUAUGUAUAGAUUACUAUAGUAUCAUUGAUAUAAUGUUAUAAUAAUAAUAAUAUAAUCAAUGAUAAUAUCCUGUAACAUAAAUUGUCGUACAUCUAUUAUUAUGUAAACACUAAACCGUAAACAGUAGACAUAAUACAUUUAUUUUGUCAUGUGCACAGUAUUUCGUUACCAGUUGUGCUGUGAUGUUGUCUUACUUUUGGUCGACGCAAAAUCAUAUAGUUAUUACUCGUGUAGGUCGUGUAAUGUUCGUUAUUAAACGAAAUCGAGUUUGAUCACCAUCCACAUUGUGAACGCAUCAGAAUACGAUUUUCGCUUUCAAAGAGGCUUUUUAAAAAAAUAAUGUGAGUAAUGUAGACACUACAACGGUGUAGUGACCAUCUUAAUUUGUGAUAGUAACUAGGUACCUACACUAUAUUUGUAUAUCCUUACCUCUAUGCAUAUAUUAUUCAAUAUCAUAAGAAAAAUAAUUAGCCUAGUAACAAAUUAAAAUUAUUUAUGAUGGAAGAUAUUAAUUUGUAAGUCGUUUUUGGAUAGGUUGGUUUUUUUCCGCAACACUAAGCCAUGUUUCAAUCAAAAAAUGAAUUAAAAAUAAUAUUAGUAGGUACCUAUUGUUACUAAACUUACUGUUACUUUACGCCUACUGUUAAUUAAUAUAGGUGUCUUUUUCACUUAGGUCAGUAGUUCCAACAGAAUUAAUUCAAAAUGACUCGACAGAUGAGACUUCCAAUGGCACACAAAAUGUUCAACAUAAUCUUCCUUCAACAUUUUAUAAUAAGUAAUAUUCUAUUUGAUAGUUAAUUAAUAAAAUUAGAUAAAUUAAGUUCAAUUUCUAUUGCCUUUUUUAAAUUAGAUUGGCAAUUUCUACAGAAUUGCUUCAAAAUGACUCAACAGAUAAUACUUCCAAUGCUGUUCAAGAUGUUCAAUAUGAUCUCCCUUCAAGAUCUGAUAAUAAGUAAUAUAUUUUCGGAUUCAUAUUUAUUACUCUUAACUAUUAAAUAUUUGAUAUUAUUUUUGUUUUGCUUAGCCCUAAAACACCAUUAGAUGACUUACAGUACUUAUUGGAUAAUGCUGUUUGUUUUCAAAAAAAUUGCGAAGUUUCCCAAAAGAAAGGAAAAAAUAAGAAAGAUAGGGUAUGUAUUGAGUGUUAAUUCAGUUUUUUUUAUUGCAUCCCCUACUGCAAUGUUUCUCAAUCCAUGGGCCGUGAAAUAUUUUUACUGAAUCGCAAAGAAAGAAAAAUAUUUUGAUUAUAAUGUAAUAAAAUAUAAAAAUAAAAAAUAUAUUAGUAAAAAUAAUAAGAAAAUAAGCAAAUGUGAAAAACCAAAAAAAAAAAAAACAGGAAAAACUUAAAAAGUACAAAAUAAAAGUAUUAGCAUUUAUUAUAGAAUAGAUCUAUUCUAUAAUGAAUGGUUGAUGUUAGUUAAAAAUAUUACAGUCUUAUUUUUUCCUGUGAACAACUUUUCUACCAGCAAUUUUGCUCUCAUUUACAAUGAUAGCACUUUUUCUGAAAGGAAAUCUGACUGGGAAGGUUCUUUAAGGACGUAAUUUUUCAAAGUGUUAAGUUAGGUUAAUAUGAUAAACUGGGUAAAAAUGGGAAAAUCGUUACAAUAUUAAAGAAAUAUUAUUAAAAAAAAUAUACAAAGCCUAUUUAAUUAUUUUACUAUAAUAUGACACAUAUAUUGUUAAAAAAGCAUCACUAUCAACUGAACUCUGCUCAGAAUUUUUUUUCGUUAGCAAUGGUUCAUCAUUGCUUACAGAUAUACAUUAAAUUCCCUUCUGUAUCCUACCUUCCCAUCUUUCCACCUACAAUUUUGGCUGUACCUCCAAUAUCUUAGGACAGCUAUUUUUAAGGUGGGUCGCCAUAACAAAAAGGUUAAAAACCACUGCUCUACUGUAUGACAACCUUAAUUUUAAUAUUUCAAUCUUUUUCAAACUAAUGAACAAGGUUUUCUUCAUUAUCUUGAAUAUUAAUGAAAAAUUCAAAAAACAACUUCUCUAAAGUUCCAUGCAGCGAACAUUGUCUUUCAGAAAAGGUGCUAAGUAUAUUUGAUAAUCUGAUUAAGCUUUUUAAUAAAAAAAAGUAUUCACAUAAAAAAAAAUAAACAAUUUUGUAAAACCAAUACAUUCAUUGCUAAACUCAAAAUCUAAAAAUCAAAAAACUUUGAGACAACUAAUAAAGUUUGGACAACUAAUAAGAAUUCUUGUCUCAAAUAAUAACAGACAUAAAUUGUAGGUACUGAAAAACACAAGAAGCACCUUUUGAUUUAAUACUAAAAAAAAAAAAACCACUAUAUUAGAUCUCUACUAGAAAUCUACUAUAUUCAUUAAUAAAAAAAAAAAAAUCUCGUUCAUAUUACAAUAAUGUAUUUAUUUAAUUUAAAGAUAAUAUUAAAAAUACCUAUCUAGAAAUGAAUAAAUGAAGCCACUUAUUUAACCAAAAAAAAGGGAACUUUAUUUAUUGUUUUAACUAAUAACAUUGAAAUUUUAAAUUAACUAAAUAUUAUUAUUUUUUUUAAUUUUAUUGAAAUAAAUCUACAAUCUAUACAUAUUAUUUGUAUAAUGAGUAGGUUUGAUAAAUGACAAAUGAGAACAGUUAAUAUGAAUCUUGAGAUUAGGGAGGAUACCCAUUGGUAACACCUUAUAAGCGACAGUAAUAACAAUGAAAAAAAAAAAAAAUAAUUAACAUUAUUUUAAUGUUAGUAAAAAUAUUUCUGAUGAUAUUCAUGUAAAUAACUCUGUAAAAUCGAAUUAGAAUGAUCUAAAUAAAAAUUGUCAUGGUAAUGAUUCAAUCUUACUUGAGUUGACCUUUCUGAAAUGUCUAAUUUCAUUAAGAAAAUACCAGAUAAAUCACAUUUUUAUAAUAAAAGCUUAACUAAUUUGAUUUAAAAAAAAAAAUUCCUGACUAUCUCUAUUUCACUUCCUAUUAUUUUGAAUAGAUCGUUCAUUUCAGGAAAAUAUCCCUCUACCUAUAAAAAUACUAUUAUUAUACCUUUGUUUAAAUUUGGUGACCGCAAACAAUGUGAAAAAUACAGAUCUUAUUAUUGCUGGUUAUUAUUAUUACCUUAUUAUUAUUAUUGCUCUAACUUUAACUGUCUUAAAAGUAAUCAAGAUUAAUGUUUUUUCUAAACAAACAUAAAUGUUUUUCUUCUAAUCAAUUUGGUUUUUGUUCAAUUAAUAUGUUUACUAUCUACUUAACUAAAACUUCUCAUUUUAUUAAUAAUAACCUAGAUAAUAAAUUUAAAGUUCUUGGCAUUUUUCUGGACUUUAAAAAAUCUUUUGACUCUGUAAGUAAACCAUUAUUUACUAAUUAAUAAGUUUGAAUUUUGUGGCAUAAGGGGCAUUACUCUUAAAUUAAUUAAAUCUUUUAUUUUAGAAAGACCUCAACAAGUAAGACUUAAUGGAAUAUAAAUAGUGAUAUAAAUAUAAAUUAUUUUGCAGUACCUUACAGUUUAUAUUAACAUACUUUUAAAUAUAAACCUUAUUGCUGAAAUUUUCUGUUAUGCGGAUGACAUAAUAAUUCUGGUCAAAAGUUUUAGCUACGAUAACUUAUAUAAAAUAUCAAUUCAACUGUUUAUCCACAUUAAAAAAUUGGUGUGAUAACAAUGAUUUACAAUUAAAUUUAAGUAUAUGGUUUUUAAUGUAACAAAUAAUGUAUAUCAUAUAAGCCCUGAUUUUUCUUUUUGUUUACACUCUUAUAAUUGUAAAUAUUUAAAUUAUCUUUGUAUGUGUUUACCUCUGAAUAGAGUAAAUUGUGUUGAAUAUCUUGGUGUGUACUUUGACUAUAGAUUAAAAUUUGUUGAAUAUAUACUUGAUGUAAAUAAUCUUAUUAGAAAAUUAUUAUAUAAGUUCCGAUUGCUUAAAAAAAUGCUUGAUAUCAGAAAUCUUAGAGUUAUCUAUUUUGCUCAAUUUAGAUUCUAAGCCUGAGAAGGAAUGUAUUUUAAUUUAUAUAUAUUUCAUUUAUGAAAUCCAAAAAUUUCAAUGUAGUUUGUAUAACUGUUUUAGAUUAAAGAUAACUUUCAAUUCACCAAUCAAUUCAUAUUUGGUAUUUAUCACCCACCAUAUUACUCAGUGUUACAUAGCUCACUUAUGGAGAAAUAUGUAGCUCAUCUUAAAAAUCCCAGUGUUAUGGAUCCCAAUUCCUUAUUAUUUGUGAGUAUUAUAAAUUAAUAAAAUAUGUGAGUUUGGAGUUCAAAUUUAAAAAUUUUAUCAAUAUUGAAGUAUAACAUUCAUUUUUUCUUUAUUAUUAUUAUUUUUUUGAAUGAUAAUUCAAAAUAAAUAAAUAAAUAUUUAGAAGUAUAUGGACCUUAUUAGUUAUGAACGAGAACGUUUUGCUGUAUGGCUUUCUGAUCUUUGGGAAAAUGAAUUAAAACACCGUCGACUCUAUGUUAUACCGGAAGUUGAAGAUUAUAUUAAAUCUGCUUAUCAAGUAAGAAGAUAUGAUAUUUUAAAUCAACGAAUAUAUUAUUAUACACCUACAUAUUAUGAUUAUUUAAAAAUGUUUUAGUUUUCAAACAGUUACAUAAAAUCUCAUUACAAUGGCAUGUAUAGAUCAAAGAUGAAAAUGGAUUACACAGAAGACGGUGAGGUGAUGGAAGAUAAUAUCACAAUGACUCAUAGUGAAAGAAUAAAAUCAUCCGUAAGAAUUUAUUUUUUAUAAAUGUACUGAACUAAGGACGUAACAUGUCGUUUGUUUUUAAAUUUCAGAAUAUUAAGUAUGCUGCUCAUUUUCCUAAAGUUGAUAUUACAAAUCUAGAAUCAAAAAUAUCUUUUAAAAACGGUAUUUAUACACCGCCUCAAAAAUCACCUUGUAAGCAUUUAUAAAUUAAUUCAUAUAUUUUACAUUCGUAGUAAAACCUACAGCAAAAAGUUAUUCUAUCAUAAUAUUAUAUAUUUAUGCUAGUCAGAUUUUUAAUAUUUUUAAACACUGUGCUUGUGUAGAUGCACAACACGGCAGCACGUGGUGUUUAAAUAGUUUUCCACUAUUCUUCCCCUACCUAAACUAAAAAGUUAAGUAUUUCUCCAAUAGGUUGGCAAAAAUUUCAACUCCAACAUUUAUUUAAACUAACACUCAGUCUAUUUAAGGAGUUUUGAUUAUAGGUUCUUACUUGAAUUUCAAAAGUUAACCCAAAAAGACAGUAAAAAAAAAAAAAAAAAAUGUACAAAUUAUUUUAGUUGUUUAUAAAUUGAAAAACUUUAGUAUAAUACAUUUUUCUCAUAUUUCUCAUAUUUACAUGAUACAAUAGUUGUAAUAUAAAUGUUGAACACCCGUAUAUAAUAUGUACUGUAGAGUACACAUGUGUAUAUAAAAAAAAGUGACUCAAGUGAUAUUAUAAACAGUUUAGGAACCACUCAGCACAUAAUUCUUAAUUAAUAUUAAAUUAAUACAAUUUAAAUUAAAAUGUUUAAAUUUUAUAUUUAACUUUAAACUUUACAUCACAUGGUUUUAUUUUACAAAGUUGGGAACAUCCAUUUUUGAUUUUGUUCUUUUAAACAUAUUUAACAUUUAACCAACUAUUUAAGACUGACUAAAUUAUUAAAAUAGUCGAUAUAAUAAAAAAUAAAACAUUUUAAAUAUUACUAAUUCAUUAUUAAAAAAAAACUAAUUUUUCAUUAUAUAAUUUUACAGUUGUGGACGAUAAGCUUUGUCAGACAUUGUUUAAAGAAAACAAUAUUGAUAUUGCCAUAUGUUUGAGUAGUAUCAAGCAUAUUAUGAAUUUAGAAAAACCUAACAAAUUAUGGCUUAUGCCCGUUGAUAUUAUCGUUGGUAAAUAUUUUUCAACUUUUUAUAUUUCCAUUGUAUAAAUAUUAUGAUUUUUAUUUAGAUACUGAUGAUAAUCAUAAAAGUGUCUAUAUUGGAGGAGCAUUAGCUACAGGACAUUUUUCUCAACAACAAAAAAAAUGUUUUUAUUUACGAAAGGAAAUUAAAAAAAAAUUUAGAAAACUGUAAGAUAUUUUAUUUUAAAAUGUUAAACCAAAUAUAGUAAAAAUUUUCAAUACCGAAUAUUCAGUAAACAAAACUCUGUUGUAAUUAGAGUAAACUAUUUAGUAUUAUUAUGAUUAGGUUUUAUUGAGUAUGAGACUCAACAAUAGUCAGUAAAUAAACCACAGUAAAAAUUUACCUUUAAAAAAUAAUGUACCCGUGAAAAUAAAAACCCACAAAUUACUUAGGAUUGUACUUUUUGUACUAUAAUAUUAAAAUAUUUUAUAAAUUCAAUAUUUUAACAAUUUACAACAAUUAUUUGUUUUUUUGUAUCGCAAUUUUAUAUUUAAAAUAAAACCCUAAUGUUAAUAAAAAUUGAUAAGUCAAUUGAAAUUGGUGAAUAAAAAGGUUUUACUAUAUUUGAAAAUAUUUUGGAUUGAAUUUUGGCUUCUUUUCUAAAAUUUAAAUGGUUUAAAAACAAUUUAAAAUUUUAUUUUUUAGCUUAUCAGAAGAGGAUAGUAACACUCAAGAUAAUUCUAAAUAUAAUUAUGAUAAAUGGACAUUGGCAAUCACCAAUAAAAGUAAUGGCAAUGUCAAAUCAUUAAAUUUACUCAUAAGAAACAUGCCUCAAAUAAAUGUAAGAUAUUUUUGUACUAUUUGAUUUAAAUAUUUAUCGUGUAUUAUAUAUAUACCUAAAUAUUUAUAUCACAAAGAAAUUGGAUCAAGAAUUUUUGGAAAACAUAUUAAUACCAAAACUUGAGUAUCAGCCAGAAUUUGGUUUUGAAAAAAACACUGAAGAACAACUUGGCGAUUAUUGGAUGGAUACAUACUUAAGGAAUCCUAAAAGUUGUUUUUCCAUAGGUAACAAAUUGUUAAAUAUAUUUUUUAUAACAUUACAAUAAAUUUGUUAAAUGCUUACAAGUAGUAUCUUUGUAUAUUUUGGAAAAAAAAAAUUAUGAAAUUUGUUUUUUGUAACUUGAUUUUAUUUUUUAUUUUUUAGUGUCAGUUCAAUAUAAUUUGGAUAUUAUGAUGAUAAAAAAGGAAAAUAGAGUUGAUGAUUUACUUUCUGAUACAACUAAACAAAUUUAUUUUCAGAGAUUGUAUCAAACACUGGAUAAAUGUUUGCAAUUAGACGAGGGGCGUUAUAUGAUGUUGCAUAAUCCUAAAAAACCGUUUGAAAUUGAAUUAUUUCACUCAUCUGUGUAAGUGAUGUACAAAUUAUUUAUUCUCACAUACACACAGAUAUAUAUUUGUGUGCAUACAUGCAAUUUAUUAUUUUUAUUAUUAUUAUCAGGUAUGGUGGUUUCAACUUGUUGAAUAUGCAUUAUAUCUUGGGAGAAACAGAAGUUCCUGAGUUGUUGACAUGGAACCCCAUAGAAGAAAAUGUAAUAUGUCCUAUUCAUGAUCAUUUUAAAGUGCCUCCUUGUAUGUUCAGACCAACCCCAACUAUGUUAAACAUCCGAAUAAUAAGUAUGCAGUCUUAAAUUAUCUAGUGUUUUAUUUGUUUUUAGUUUAAAACUAAUUAUCAUUCGUUGUUUUAAGAUAAUACAGUGGACAAAUACAAUGAAGAAAAAGAAGCCAACAAACAGUUCCAAAAACAAAAGGCGAUUAAAAAGAAUUUGAAUAAAAAAGAAAAAAGAAAAGCCAAACAAAAACAAAAAAAAGAAGAUGAACUUGUAUUUACAAAGUCGCUAACACAAACUUAA